ACACAUUAUAUUCAUACUAACAAACAGUUCAAAGAUUUCUAAAUUAAUAAUGAUGAAACUCAACUCUCUUAUAUUACUAUUUGUUGUUCUAAUUAGCUUCUUGGAGGGUUCUCAAUGUGGUAAUCUCAGUAAAAAUUUCUACAAGAAAACUUGUAAGGAUGCUGAGACUAUUAUAAAACAGACCACAGAGAAACAUGUGGCCAGUAAUCCAGCUGUACCUGCAAGAUUACUAAGAAUGCAUUUUCAUGAUUGCUUUGUUAGAGGAUGUGAUGGAUCAGUUCUUUUGAACUCAACAAACAAUAAUGCUGAAAAAGAUGCAAUUCCAAACCAAACUUUAUUGGGUUUCGAUGUAAUUGAUGAUAUUAAAGAAGAAGUUGAGAAGAAAUGUCCAGGAGUCGUUUCAUGCGCUGAUAUUUUAGCUUUGGCAGCAAGAGACUCUGUUUCGUACUCAUUUAAGAAAUCUAUGUGGGAAGUACUUACUGGUAGAAGAGAUGGGAAAGUAUCACAAAUGAGUGAAGCAUUACAAAAUAUUCCAGCACCUUUCUUCAACUUCACCCAACUCAAGCAAAAUUUUGCCUCCAAAGGUCUUACUGUGCAUGAUCUUGUUGUAUUAUCAGGAGGACACACAAUUGGAGUGGGACAUUGCACUGGAUUCAACAACAGGCUAUACAAUUUCACAGGAAAGGGAGAUCAAGACCCUUCAUUGGACAAAGACUAUGCUAAAAUGUUAAAGACCAAAUGCCCUCCAAAUGACCAAAAAACAACUGUGCAAAUGGACCCAGGCAGUGCUCUCAAAUUCGACACCAGUUACUACAACGUUGUAUUGAACAAUAAAGGUCUUUUCACCUCAGACGCCACACUUCUUACCAACAAAAUCGCCCGUAAAACCGUCUCAGAGUUGGUUGAAGAAAGUGAUUUUUUCACUGAAUUUUCUCAGUCCAUGAAGAGGAUGGGAGCCAUUGAGGUCCUUACUGGCACAGCUGGUGAGAUCAGGAAAAAAUGUUGGGCUGUCAAUUCUUAAUUAGAAGAAUAUAUAUGAACAGAACUGAAGUUGUCCUUCUCAAUUGUAUCUACACAUGGUUGAAAUUUGAGUUUGUGUGCUCUUCUUUUUUAUAUUUCGAAUAAACAAGAGUAUUUUUUUUUUAAUCAAUUGCCUCAUUUGUUGUGGUCAAUGGUCAUAAUCAAUAAUUUUUUCUUUAGUUUAUUGUAAGAGGGAGUACCUACCAUUUAUUCACUUAAGUAAUCUUCUUAAUUGUUAUUUUCCUUGUAAUAGUUAUUAAAUUGCUUGUUUUGUUAGAAAAUAAAUUCAUGCAACCAUUCCAUAUCGAUCCUUUCAAAAAAAUAUCAAAA